UAUCUCAUUACAUUAUUCAUAUCAAAGGCCCCACUCAUCUCUAUAUAUACAAAUUACUUGUCAUUUCCUUUCAUUUAACGACAACUUACACUGCCAAUUUCUGCUUGACUCUUAUUUCGGCCAUUAUAUCAAUUCCCCACCCCCACCCCCACCCCCACUCCCACCUCUCUCUUUUUUUCAAAUAAUCUCUAUAUAUGAUGCAUAGGUGCAGUAACUCACAUGGUAACAACAACAACAUGAUGGGGGGACCUUGUUCAUGUGGUCUGUACCAUUGUCAAAACAAUUCAUCAUCAUUCUCCAUGUUGUUUUCAAUGUCUGCCGCCGGCCAUGAAAAUACUCAUUACGAUAAUCAUAAUCAUCAUCAUCAUCACAUGUAUUCCUUCACUUCUCCUAAUUCUUCUGUUGAUUGUACUCUCUCUCUUGGAACACCUUCCACUCGAGGUGAUCAUUCUGAUCAUCAUCAUCAGAAGAAGUCAUCGGAGACUCGCCGGUCUAGUUUCUGUUGGGAUUUGUUGCACCCAAGUAAGCAGCAGGCGGCGCCGGUCACUUCUCAUAAGUCUAGCCGUGGAAGUAGUAAUAAUUGCGGCGGCGGCGGAGGAGGAGGAGGCGGCGGCGGUGGUGGUGAUUCUCUUUUGGCUAGGAGAUGUGCUAAUUGUGAUACUACUUCUACUCCUCUUUGGAGGAAUGGCCCACGUGGCCCUAAGUCACUAUGUAAUGCAUGUGGGAUUAGGUUCAAGAAAGAGGAGAGAAGGGCUACGGCGGCGGCGGCGACAAAUGUGAACUCCGGUGGUGGUGUCGGAAUGGAUCAUGGGCAAUAUCAAAACAUGAACAACAACAACAACAAUGGAUGGGUUCAUCAAAAGAUGCCGCCGUCGUGCGGCGAAUAUCGGUUUGUUGAAGACGAUGAUAACUUCCUUUCAUGGCGGUUGAAUGUCACCGAUCAAAGCCGCAACUUUGUCCACGAUUUCACAAGAUGAACUAUUACUAAUACUACUACUAUUAUUAAUGUUGUUGAAUCGAGUAGGACGAAUUCUUUUUUUUUCAAUUAUGUUUUUUUAUAUUUUAUAUAUAAAAAAAAAAAAAAAAAAGGUGGAGGGAGGAGGGUAGGAUCAAAACCAGGAUGAUGUCCUUUCCUUUGUCGGAUGGAGUGAAAAAUAGGGCAAUUCUGAUGUUUUCCCAAGUACUUACUUUUUAAUUAUUUAAAUAUAUAUUUAAUU